GUGACGUUAAAAGAUGUCCCUUUCAAUAAUUGAGAUCCUUCUAAAUUCUGCACAGAACUCAUCUUAUGAUGGAACAUACCCGGACUCGAGUACAGGUUGUGCAGCGUAUGAUGACCUUAGUUCUGAUUCUGAGUAUUUAUUUUAUCAGUUAAUGGUAAUACCAUCGGUUCUAGAGUUCAUACUAUUGUCCUUCAUGAUUACAAGACAAACGAAAUGGCUAGACAAAUGUUGGUCAAGACCUGGUAUAUUGUACCCAAUGGAUAUAUACGAAAUGAAUAACAGACUAUCCUUUAUCGCUGCAUUUGGUGCUAUUUCCUUUCUGUUCUAUGAAGUUAUAUUGAACAGUAGAUAUAUCUUCCCUUUUACUGGACAUGUGGGUGUACGAUUUUUUGUGAUAUUAUUCUCAGUAGUGUGCUAUGGAUUCAUCUAUUUCCCAAUAUUUGCAGCCUUGACCUUGAAAUCCCCGAUUGGAUACGCCAUUGGAUCAUUACAUGUUUGGGUGUUUACAUAUAAAGCUUAUGAUGAUACAUUUGGAUGUGCUUCCGAAAUAAACAGUUUGGACCAGUUUCUUGUUGUGUUAAGAGACUGGCCUAAACUCCUUGCAAUAUCAUAUUUAGCAAUCGCCAUGCCUGUUCGAUUUUUAAUUUCUAUGAAAUUGUUCCCUCACAUACCAAUGAUAAAUCCAAGAGAAAAUACAGUUGGACCUAUGAAAGAUGAAUUGGAGAAAACUCGAUGUUCAAUUCAUGGCAGAUAUAUUCGUAAAAUACUAGAUCAACCGGUAGAAACUGUUGAAGAAGAAAAAGUUAUUGAUGGCUGUAGAGGGAAGUUGUUAAGUUGCUGUAAAGAUCUCAUGAAGCCAUGGAUAUACAAAAAUAAUCCGGAAUUCAAAUACUCUGCAAGAAUAUUGUCCGUUUAUUUUGUAUGUUUUAUUCUGAUUUAUAAGAUAUCUGCAGAGUUUCUCUUUUUUCUGGUUCCCCUGUUUGAUUAUUUGUUGUUGUACAUAGCAGCCAUUAUGGAGUAUAUAGGAUGGUACCCGAGUAUUUAUGACACGCCAGAUAUAGAAUCAGCAAGAAAUCUCCUGUAUAUUAUAUACUAUUCUGUUGACUCUAUGAAAAUAUGUUUUAUUUGCGCCUGUGUCAUUGAAGUAAUGCUGUCUUGUUUGAUAAUCUUCCACAUGAUAUCUUCUUACAGGAAGAAUCUUAUUGGAUUAUAUAAAGGCUCCCAAAUACACAUACCUCCACGAUCGGAGAAAAGUAACCCUAGCAUAAUGGUUGGAACAAUGAGGUAUACAGGAUAUCAAGUAGGGUAUAUAUUAUGGGGAUAUCUUAUACAGUGGUCAAUAUUCUUUCUGAUUUUCAACGUCAUCGCCUUAAUAAUUACUUUAUACAGAGUUGGAUCUGCAGAUUUCAUAACUAUUCUUAUCAAACAGUUAUGGCCUGCACCAAUAACAGCUCUAGCAUUAAACUUGAUCCAGAUACUCCUGGCAAAGUUUGUGUUUUUACAGGAAAGAGGAAACCUUCUGGCAAUAGAUAAUAGACGAGGAUUUUUCUUUUUAACCUAUUUUGUUUUCUUCUACAACACCUUUUUGGGGGUAAUAUCAUGUCUCCUUCGGAUAAUCAAAGCUAUUGUGAUUGGUGCAUUAUUUCUGGGACGCCUUGACCAUAGUACAUUACCUCGAAGGUUCCAACUUAUGGAUCCAGGAUUUGACGCCUAUGUUGGAUUCAUGCAUAUGGAGAACGCUCAUUUCAAUCCAAUUGUGCUGACGUUUCUGUCUCUUUUGAAAAGGAAGACAGCUAGUGACACAAAAAAUAACAAGGACAUUGACAAUGAACUUUAUGACGUUAAAUACAUCAUGAAAGGUUACCCUCAUAGAUUAGCCAUCCGUAGAUGGCAGCUUGCAUGUAUGUUGCAUUAUAAUCCACAACUACGCAUAAUGAGAAAACAGUAUCUAUCUAAACUUCAACCUAGCAAGACUUAUGAUGUUACAUCGAAAGCUCAAGUCAAACAUUCUGUGUCAGUGACAAUUCCAGAAAAAGAUGUGCAAAUGAAAGUUUGA